AUGCGUCUCACUACAACAACAACCACCCUCGUCGCAACCAUCAUCGCCGCCCUCUCCCUCACCUCUUCAGUCCAUGCAGAAGAGUUCUGGUCCGAGAAGGACGUGCCAAUCGUGCCCCAGACCUUCAAAAUCACCAACCUCCUCCGCACCCUCGACCUGUCCAAGCCCAUCAUCAGAGAGAUCACCUCAGCCGCCGUGCUGAACACCCACGCCGACCAGGACCAGACCGAUUACUAUUUCCCUGUGGAUCAGGCUUAUUCGGAUAACUUGGCUUUCAUCUCGGCCGAGAACCGCAAGACCAAGGAGGUUCUUGAGGUCACCAAGGACGAGGAGUUCUACGACCCUCAGUUCCAGUACUACAAGAUCAAGUUGGCGACCCCAUUGCCCCCUGGUGAAAAGGUCCAGAUCACCGUCCGCACCUCCCUCACCAACGUCAUCCGCGCCUUCCCCACCCACGUCGGUCAGGCCGAGAAGCAAAAGUUUGUCUUCUUCGGUAACCCCUUUGCCCUCACCGCUUACCCCGCCACCAAGCAGAAAACAACAGUCAUUACGCCUAACAGCGUGUUGGAGGUCCAUGAGCACCCCGAAGAGGUCGAUUUGGUGAUCAAGAACAACCAGGUGAUUUUGGGACCCUACAACGACGUCAGCUCGUUGGAGCACGGAAUCUUUGAGGUCCAGUAUGAGUUGUCCGGCGCUAUCCCCCAUAUCCGCCGCCUCCGUCGCGAGAUCGAGGUCUCCCAGUGGGGCAACAACCUUGCCGUCGAAGAGCAUUACAACUUUGUCAACCGUGGCGCCGAGUUGAAAGGACAGUUCAGCAGAAUCGAUUACCAGCGUAACCCCAUGGGAGUCCGCGAGGGCAAUGGCGCAUUGGGCUUCCAGACAAAGAUCCCCAAGUUGGCACGCGACAUCUACUACCGCGACGAGAUUGGCAACAUUUCGACUUCGGUCAUUGCCCACCACCCCGACCAUAUUCAAUUGAUGCUUAAACCCCGUUUCCCUCUCUUCGGUGGCUGGAACACCACCUGGUACAUUGGAUAUAACACUCCUUUGGAUGGAUACCUGCGCAAGAUUGCUGGAACUGAUAAGCAUAUCCUCAAGGUCCCUGUCAUUUCACCCAUGCCCGACACUACCUAUGAGGAUGUCGAGAUCCGCAUCGUCCUCCCCGAGGGCGCGAAGAAUGUGAAGGCGGUGUUGCCAUACGAGGUGGACGACAUCGAGUACUCAACGACAAAGACGUACAUGGAUAGCGCAGGACGGUCGACGGUAACGAUUUUGGCGAGCAACCUGAUUGAGGACCAUGCACAGGAUUUGUUCGUCGAGUACGAGUUCUCCCAGACGUCGUACUUGACCAAGCCCCUGGCUGCUGCCACUAUGCUCAUGGCCAUCUAUGCCACCUCGAUUGUUUUCUCUCGUUUGGACUUCAAGAUUGGCGGCUCUACCUUGAAGAAGCAGAAGUGA